AUGACAAGCACGAGUCAGACACCGAUGGCGUCAUCAGCAGCUCCGCUGAAUGCACCAGGCUCGGCGGAGACAGAUCUCGAAGUUCUCCGUCACUUUUUUGGAACGACGGGCGGGGAGUCGUGGACACGUCAAGAGGGCUGGGCGGAGAAUGCAGACGACCUCGGCAGCUGGUACGGAGUCACGUCGAACGCAGAGGGUCGAGUGGUGAAGUUGGAGCUGCAUGGAGAAAGAGAUGAGUUUGACAUUCCCACCGGCAACAAUCUCACCGGUUCCAUACCGCCGGAGCUUGGUGAACUCGGUGCUCUUGAGGUACUGGAUCUUUGCUGGAACAAUCUCUCCGGUGCCAUACCGCCGGAGCUUGGUGGACUCGGUGCUCUCAAGGUGCUGAAUCUUCGCAGUAGCAGGCUGUCCGGUGCCAUACCGCCGGAGCUUGGUGGACUCGGUGCCCUCGAGAAGCUGCGUCUCAGCAACAACCAGCUCUCCGGCGCGAUUCCAUCGGAGCUGGGUCAGCUCGGGGCUAUGAAGAAGCUCAAGCUUUGGAGGAACAGACUAACCGGUGUCAUACCGCGGGAGCUUGGUGGACUCCGUGCUCUUGAAGUGCUGGAUCUUCAAAACAACAGGCUCUCCGGCGCGAUUCCAUCGGAGCUGGGUCAGCUCGGGGCCAUGAAGGAGCUGAGACUUUCGAUGAACGGCCUAACCGGCGUCAUACCGCGGGACCUUGGUGGACUCCGUGCUCUUGAGACGCUUCAUCUCAGCAACAACCAGCUCUCCGGCGUGAUUCCAUCGGAGCUGGGGCUCCUCGGGGCUUUAAAGUCACUAAGACUUGCGCGCAACAGCCUAACGGGUGCGAUACCGCGGGAGCUUGGUGGACUCGGUGCUCUUGAGAAGCUGGAUUUUGGUUGUAACAAGCUCUCCGCUCUCUGGGACCACACCCAAAACGUCCAAGACAUCGGCCACGACGAGGGCACUCAACGUAUGUCAGGUGGGCCCAUGCCUAGCCAGCUGUGCCGGUUGCUUGACGUCCUAGAUGAUGUUCAACAAGGAAAGUUUCAGUCGCUCAAGCUCGAAAACAACCCCUGGGCUGAGCCCCCAGAGUCUAUCGUGGUCAAAGGCCCAAAGGCUGUCAGAGGCUAUUUCGAAGACCUGUAUGCUGAGCCUUGCAGGAUCAAGCGCAGCAGCGUCAAGGUUGUUCUUGUCGGGCAGGAAGGCGCAGGGAAAACGAGCUUGCUCCAGAGCAUGAAGGCCAAUGAAGCGACUCCUACUGGCGAGUGGAAGGAGGAGAGCACGGUUUUUGCUGACGUGGAGGCGAUGGAGCUAGAAGGCUCAUCCGUUCGGGUGUACGACUGCGCUGGGCAGGUUGCCUACACAGGGCUGCUGCAGAUGUUCUUGACGCCACGAGCGGUUUGCGUGCUCGUGUGCAACGCGGGGGAGUUCGGACAGCAGACCGGCAGCGAAAGCAAUGAUCAGGUUGGGGAAGACUGUCGCAAGCUGGAAGAGUUGCGCAUAUGUGAUUGGCUGCGAUCAAUAUCUCGACGCGUUCCCAACAACGACGUCAUCCUUGUCGCCACCAAGUGUGACCUGGCGGGCGGAAACGCUGGGAAAAUUGGCUUAAGAAUGGGGCAUGCCUGUCGGAGGUGGCUGUCGAGCUGGGCUCGCAAUGGUAUGCAACCCGUUCGGUUGGAGCCCUGCGUUUCCCUCACGAGCUGCUUGGCGACAGGAGUUGGUGAGCAUGACGAGAGUAGCACUGGGAACCACGUGUCGAAGGGGGGUUGGGCGUGCGACUGGCGAGACAUGGCAGACGGUAACCCCUUGCCCAGUUUGCUUCACCGGCUCGUCAACAAGCCUGACGGAUGUGGUCUCCGAGGAACGCAGAUGGUGCUUCCUCGCAGCUGGGAUAUUGCCCUCACUGUUCUGGAAGCCCUUGAGCAUGGAAGAGAUCCUGUGGAAGUGGUACUGCGCAAGUUGCCCGACGCCGACAGAGGAGACGCGACGGAAACGGCAAGAGGCGAAACAGCCAUGUAUCAGGGGAUCACGGUCGAGGACCUCAGCAUCAAAUGGCAGAAAACAGUUGACGGACUUGAAAGGCGUGGAGUCACGGUCACAAUCGCCAAGAAUGCUUUGGAGGGAGCUCUCUCAAUCAGGGAGUUCGACGGAUCCCUCAUCCGCCAUGAGAAGUUUAUCUUUCUGGACAUCAUUUGGCUGGCAAGAAUCCUUAAACCAUUGCUAAACCACAAGGAUCAAGAGACCUUUGACGGCCUCGUAAGCCUUGGGGAUACGGGUGACGCGCGCAUCACACUCGACGAUCCAUCAGACAUCGCUUCGUGGGGCCGACUCAAGAACCAGGGUGUGCUUGAACCGAGGUUGGCGUAUGCCAUCUGGCCUAACGGUCUGUCCGAGUACGUCCUCUCUACUCUUGCAUUCUUGGGUCUCACUUUUCCGCUCGAAGACGAUCCUGCUGAGGGGCUGGUGGUUCUGCUGAGGCUCAAGCUAGACCGCCCCGGGAGUGUGGGCCAAUUGAUCGACACCUUCUGCUCGGAGCACACCCCGGCACUCAGCGCCAAUUGGAAGAUAUUCCUCGGUGUACCGCCUGGUGCGAUUGAAAAGGUGCUGACGCGGUGCUGCGGUCUCGGUGGUGUACGAACGUUCUGGCGAUAUGGGCUUGCUGCUCAGAUUUUCGGCGAUAUCAGCACGCCGGCUCCAUGGGUGGCGCUGUCAUACGUCAUGUCUGCAGUGAGCUUGAUGCUGCUGGAUUUCCCGGGACUGCGCUGGAGAGGCUCUUUGGCUUGUCCUCAGCAUGGUGACACGAUGCUAUUGGCGAACAAGGCGACUCGCUCUGGAGACAUGUUUAUGGAGCGUAGUGCAUGCCCAAAGUGCCGUCCGGAAACCAGGGGGCUCGGGGCGGCGGCCAUCGACCUGGUGCGCAUGGUCGACAUCCGACUGGACCGACACGUGAUUUUCCACAAGGUGAAGGCGAGGUUCGACGUCGUGGAGGGUCAGUGCUCCUUCUCUCACCCGACGGGUAACUCGAAGGAUGAGGACAAGUUGAUUCAAAAGAUCGACGACGUGGCCAUAGCUAUCAAGGGCGGGCUCAACGAGGUGAAAGUUGAGAUGAAGGGAGGGUUUGGCGAUGCCAAGGCCGCGGUUGACGAGCUCAAGGGAGGGUUUGGCGAGGUACAGGGCGAGAUGAAGAGAGGGUUUGACGACACCAAAGCUGAUUUCGACGACGUGAAGAACGAGUUGGUCGUGGUGAAGAGAACACUGGAAAAGGUGGCAGAGAGCACCCAGGAAAGCCUCAUGCGCCUGAAGAACUUGCUGGACCCGAAGUACCUCUACCCUCGCCUCGUGGUCGUAAAGGAGGUUGGAUCUGUUGGCACCUCGUCGAACGCUCAUGGUGUCAAGAGAUGGCUGAGCAAGAUUCGUGGCGUGGGGAAGAAAGACAUGACGCUGCACUUCUUGUGCCCGGUCGACAUGACUACGGUGCCGUGCGGCUAUGGUGGCGAAGGCAAUCGGUUUCAGGAGACGCGUGGCUGGGUGAAGAAAAUAUCGCCGGUACUUCAGGUGGCGGUCGUGACCGCAAAGGUGGCGCUGAAGACAACGACAGGACUGGACAUGGAUAUGUCGGAUUUCCUGAAGGACGUGAAAGGUGGGCUGGUCGAGGAAUUGGUCGACCGUACUCUGAACGAGGACGCGCUACUUCGCGUCAUAUCGGGCGAGGAGGAUAUCGGCGCGGACAUGCAACAGGAUACAAGGGCCUCGUUUGAAGCGGUGAAGAAAUUCAUGGACAAGGAGGAACUCAGCAGGCGUAAGACGGCCAGCGGUGAUGAUGGGUACAUUGACUUCCGGGACGAAAUGACGCGCGUAACCGACGGUAGGGGGGGCAUGGAAUGGGUCCGGAACAAAAACAUUCAAACGUGGUUGAACUUGCAUUCUAUUGCUGCACCGACGAGCUAG